AUGCAAAGAGCACACGACGCAAAAGGUCUCCAUAUACAAGGCGGGAAAGAGAAGGGCCUCUGCCAUAGGUGA